UUUCACCCGGUUGCGGAAUGCUGACUAUAAAUAAAUAAGGCUAAGGCCCGCCUCUACACGGUCGAUCAAAGAUCUCAAGCGUAAUCUUGCAAUGAAGGUCCCAUCUCUUCUUACAAUAGCGAUAGCUGUCGCAUGGGGAGUCGAAUCGACAGGUCCUCGCGUGGUUGACGACAAGCAUGGGGUUACAUACAAUGGUGUCGAUCGGGAUGGCGUUGAAGUUUUUCUAGGCAUUCGCUUCGGAAUGGACACGGGGGGCGAGAACCGCUUCAAGCCCCCGAAGUCUCACACGUAUGCGCCGGGUACCGUCGUAGAUGCGACAUCGUAUGGCCCGGCUUGUCCUCAGCCGGUAGAAGCAGCCUCCCCGCCGUUCUCGUAUACGGAUGUCUCGGAGGUCUCCGAAGACUGCUUGAACCUCAUCAUUGGGCGCCCCGAAGGAACCACCAAAGACAGCCAUCUUCCUGUCAUGGUAUGGAUCCACGGCGGUUCAUUUUGGAGCGGCCAGAACAGAGAGGCCUCCAAUUCGCCCGAUGGUAUCGUGAGCCAAUCUGUCGCAAAUGGCCUACCCGUGAUUGUAGUCGCAAUUAACUAUCGCCUCGGCUUCUUCGGAUUCGCACAGUCCGCUGCCCUCGAGGCCGAAGGCUCCGAGAAUGCCGGCCUCAGGGAUCAGCGCUUAGCUCUAGAAUGGGUGCGCGAUCACAUCGAUCAAUUCGGCGGCAACCCAGAAAAAGUCACUAUAUUUGGACAAUCUUCUGGUGGCCUAGCUGUUGGUAUGCAAAUAAUGGCAUACGGAGGUAGUAAACCUCUGCCGUUCCAGCAAGGGAUUUGCGAAAGCCAGAAUAACGAGCCUGGUAUUACGGGGAAUUUCACGAUUGAUGGCAUGCAGCUGAUGGUUGAUCAAGUUGGUUGCAAUUCGAGUGAUUUGCACUCAGCGGAGACCGUAGAGUGCCUACGCGACUUCGACAUGGAGACUCUUCUCAACGCAUCCAUCGCGACAUAUGUUGCCGACAUCGCUCACAAUAUCGGUGACAUUUGGCUCCCGGUCGUCGAUGGUGAUUUUUUGCCGGCAGCACCCUCACAACUCAUCAAAGAGGGGAGGUUUGGCAAGGUCACUACUAUGAUCGGAUGGUGCGAAAAUGACCUUACCGCAUUUACCGAUACUAGCAUCGAGACAGACGAGCAGGCGCACGACUUUAUACAGACAUACGUACCCACGAUGACUGCUGCCAACGUCGAUAAGUUACUUUCUAUGUAUCCUACCGCUGAAUUCGAAGCCGACGAGACUGCCAAUCUAUCGAGCCAGUUCUAUCGCACAGCGCAGGCUUUCCGCGAUAUACUGAUGGUAUGCCAGCCCAUCUUCUACGCAGAAAGCCUCGCGAAACACGGAAACGACGUCUACCUAUACGACUGGAACCAAACGAUCAGCGAUCAAAUAAUCGAAGGGUUGACAGGAGAAACUGGCUAUGGCGUAAUCCACACCUCGGAUCUUGAGUACGUUUUCGGCAACCUCUCGGUGUACGACAAUGGUGAUUAUCCUUUCCAACCUACUGCCGAAGACUACGCUCUGGCGGGUCGGGGCUCGAGGUCUUGGUCGACAUUCGCGACUACCGGAAAGCCAAGCUUGCAGUGUCAUGAUACAUUCAAAGGGUUCACGACAGCCUUUUCUAAAGAGGACGAGAUCGAGAUCUUCAUAGCCGGAGGGCCACAUGAGGGGCUAUCCGCUAUCGACGGUCCCAAUGCCAAGAACGUGAUGAAGAUGCAGAAAUUGAGGGAGAGGUGCGCUUUCAUCAACUCGGACGAGAUCAUCGAACAGCUCCGAUACUAGCUUCAGUACAUGAACGAGAGGCUUCUUGGAGGACUUUCUGCCAAGUAGCCCCGAGUAUAUAUGAAUUCUCAGGUACUAGGGUCAUUAUAACGGCAUACCAUCUCUGCACGAAUGCGUUGCUGUCUAGGGGCAGCGAAAACCCCAGUUUCCUAAGGGUAUUUAUUUCAUGGUUCAUACGGUAUUGUUCAACCUAUGCUGUAUCAAUAUAUUGGAUAUCCGAUAGCAAUAACAUUCCUUCAAAUAACAAACCCGAAAAAUUCAAUCCCUUGUGCUCGCGCGGAGAAGACUAGUUCUGUGUGACUCGGGCUAAUAGAAACCUAGUCUUCAAUACCGCCACACACUCGCUGGCCUGUCAACUUCAAUAGAAGUAAAUAUGUAUUCGUUUUUCGGGUUAUCUAGCAGCCACAGGUCAUCGCUUAUAGAUCGGAUUAGAUCAAUGCUGGUCUGAGACUCCCAUCCAUCGUCCAUUGGAGCUAGCUGUGGGCUGAGGUAGGUACAUGGUGGAGCCACACAAUAAAACCCUGAGGGGAUCUAGUCGAUACUAACAAUUUAACCUGAUAAAUGCUAACGAAUAGUUCAUUGUAUUCAGUCUAGGAAAUAAAGCCAUGCAUAUUUGCGGUGGAUUUCUGGGGGAUGAUAUUGGCUAAGAUGGACGU